UAUUGAAGACCUCGGAGAGGUGGUCACACUUGUGAGCUCCGAUCUCAGUGCAAGAUGAGGUCUCCAGUGCUUGCGUUAGCCCUUGUUGGUUUGGUGUUUGGAGCUCGCCAACCAGGAUGGAAGGACCACACUGAGUACGUUUAUCGUGUCGAUGGACGUUCCCUCACUAGCUUAAAUGAGCUCGCCGAUCAGUAUUCCGGUAUAUUUAUCAAAGCCAAAUUACACGUCUCCCCACGUUCUGAUGGAAAGCUCCAGGCGUGGAUCUCUGAAUCUCAAUACGCUCAGAUUCAUAGCCAGAUGCCGAAUGGUUGGAACUCCGAAAUUCCAGAAUCUCAGCUGAACUUCAAGCAAUUGGGCCUCUCGAAAAAGCCAUUCCAAAUCAUCAGUCAAAAUGGCUUGAUUAAGAGCUUGGUGGUGGAAAAGGAUGUCGCCAAUUGGGAGGCGAAUGUGAUUAAAAGUAUCGUCAGUCAAUUCCAACUUGAUCUCCAAGGCAAAAGGGCUGUUGAAUCGCACGCCACUACCUUGCCAAAUGAUGAAAAGAUGGAAGCAGUGUUCCAAACCAUGGAAGACACCGUCACAGGUGAAACUGAAACCAAUUACGACAUUCAUCAACUUCCUGAAUAUUUGGUCGAUAGCCAACCAUGGUUAGUUCCCCAGCAGCAGCUGCAGGGACAUGGAAAGAUCUAUGAAGUACUGAAGAGCAAGAACUACACUACUAACAGAGCUAUGCCUGCUUAUCAGUAUGGGUUUGGAGAAGUUCAGGAAGGAAAGCCAACUGGCAACCGAAUGGGAGAUUUCUUAACCAGAUCUGCCCUCUCUCGGGUCGUCUUGACCGGCCAACUUUCAAAGUACACCAUUCAAAGCUCCCAGACUGUAAAUAAGAUCAUCAUCAACCCAACUUUGAAUGGAAAACAACGUGGCUCUGCCGUCAGCUCUUUAAAUAUGACUUUGGUUGAAGUGAAAAGCCAGACCAAACAACCACAGGAAAUGUCUUCCCCCAUCGAUAUUGGAAACCUAGUUUACACUUAUGAACAUCCCUUUGCCUCUUCCAACAAAGUGCAACGAAAAUUACAGGGCAAAGACUUGGCCAGUGGAGAAAGCGAAGAACAUACGCCUAGAGGAAAACGAUCUUUAUUGCAAUCCAUAAAGAAGUCCAUCCUAGGAGAACACACCGAAGCUAACUCAGAAGAACAGGUACAGUACCAGAUGAGACCUCAAAUGGAGGAAUCUCCAGAGUCACCCCUAUUGCCAUAUUAUAUGGGAUACCAUGGAAAAUCCAUUAAGGCCAACAGCGACUUUGAUGUAAAGGAAACAGCCCAACGAAUGUCAAGAGAAAUCAGCGAUGAUUUGGCAGAACCCGACCAAAUUCUGACUCAGUCUACCCUUAGCAAAUACGCCAUGCUUGUAUCUUUGGUCCGAUUAAUGAAUCAGAAGGAAAUUAGAGCAGUUACACAGCAACUCUACAAGCCAGAACAACAACAACAACAAGGCUCAUGGAUGACCUUCCGUGAUGCUGUAUCCGAAGCUGGAACUGGGCCUGCAUUUUUGGCCAUCGAAGAAUGGAUUUCUACGAAGAAAGCUGAAAAGGGCGAAGCCGCCGAACUGGUUGCUUCAAUGGCAAACUCAGUACGAGUCCCAACUGAAGAAUACAUGCAAAAAUUCUUCUCCUUAACGCAAAACCCAGAAGUGAUGAGCCAAGAGCAACUCAACGAAACCAGUGUCUUAUCGUUUACCCGUUUGUUAAACAAGGUAUACGCCAAGAAAACCGAAUCUCAGAAUCAAUUCCCGGCUUCCAGCUUCAGAUCUUUUUACACAAAAGACGGAAAAGACUUCGUUAAGACUGUAGUAAUUCCUUAUUUGUCUCAGCAGCUCGAUGAAGCUGUUAUGCAAGCGGACUCGCGUAAAAUCCACGUUGCGAUUCGCGCACUCGGAAGCGUUGGCGACAAAAAAGUUCUGGAAGCCUUUGAACCUUACUUGGAAGGACAAAAACAGGCCUCCCAGUACCAGCGAAUGCUCAUGAUUUUGUGCUUAGACAAGCUUGUGGAAUCAAACCCAACAACUGCCCAAGCUGUAAUGUACAGGAUUUACCAAAACGUCGGUGAAGUUCCCGAAGUUAGAGUCGCUGCCGUUUAUCAACUGAUGCGAACUAAUCCUUCUGCUCAAAUGCUUCAACGCAUGGCUCAAAGUACCAAUGUCGAUGCUCAAGAGGACGUCAAUGCCGCCGUUAAAUCUGCUAUUGAAAGUCUCAGCCAGCUCGAAGCUGCCGAAUCCCAAUCUUUAAAAUUUAAUCAUUCACAUGAGCGAUUUUUUGCAGUAAUUCGCGAAAAGGAACAGAUGAUGAAGAAUGGCAAGCAAUUCCAGUACACUAAACUGAAGCAACUGAGACAAAUGGCGCUUUCACUGCCCACUGAAUUGGGUCUGCCUUUCCUGUACACCUACGACAUUCCAUUGUUGAUUCGAGCCGAAGGAAAUGUGGUAGCUCGUGCCACGCCCGAAAUCUCCAAUGGAAAGGUCCUGCGUACCCCCGAGGAAGUAUCUGCUCAAGUCGAAGGUUUUACCACAGUGAGUGCGAAGGUUCAGAGUCAGUUAAGUGUGAUCACACCGUUUGAUCAUCAAGUCUACACUGCCGGAAAUGACAAAAACAUGCACAUCCAUUUGCCUAUGAAAGCUAACGUGGAAGUCGACAUUCCAAAGAAAACCGUUUCCAUUGAAAUCGAAUCAAAGCAAACUCAGAAAAAUGCGCGUCUUUUCCACUUCAGCUCAUGGCCCUACACAUCGAGAAGCGAUGUUAUGAGUCUUACUCCAGCUGCCUUGAGACCCAACACCCACUACAUUAGGCCAGAAAAUGUAAACGCUAAGCCAUUUGACUUCGUUUGGGGUAAGAAAGAAACAGGCAUGAGUUUCCGUGUUUGGGGCUCCAGCUCACAACAGCCCACCCCUUUGUGGCAAUUCCUGGACGCCGUCAGAUCGGAAGGAGUAAUCAGCGCCUUGAGCCAAGUAUGGAAUCCUACCACGCUAGAACAAACUGAAGUUAACGUAGAACAGGACAGACAGAAUUCACAAAACCGAAAGGUAAAGAUCAACGCCGGAUUCCACUCGCAAUACAACAGCCAGCCUAAGGCCGCCAGGAAGGAAGAAUUUUACAACUUGAAGCAGAUGUGGUCGAGGCUUGAUGGCAGCAGCCAAAGCCGUCAACAAGAACUGUUGAAACAUGUCAGCUCCGGUAUCAACAACGCCUGGUCAAAGAGCGUUGAUGCUUCCGUGGAGUUCGAAGGAGAACAAUCCGACAAGCACACAUUCUCAUGGGCCUUCGCGAAAAGUAACGUAAACCCUGAAUCCCGAAUGGUCUUUGCCUACAAGAACAACGCACGAAAGCCUUGUGAGGCCUCACUUGAAGUCAAGGGACACCUUCAAAAUACCAAUGAAUUGGACCUUACAACUAUGUUGAAUACUAAUGUUAACGCAAAAUACGAAGCGUUAUGGCAACAGAGCCAAGAAGGGCGGAAGCCUACGAAUGUGAGAGCAAUAGUUGAUAUGGGCAGAAGCGAAUCUCGCAGGAAAUCAUUGCAAAAGCUGCCAAUGUAUCAGGUUUGCAAGAACGAAAUGGAACAAGGCAAUCGUCAGUUGGCCGCCUGCCAAAACAUGACUAUUGAGGCAAACUACCUCAACGAAAUCAAAGCUGAAAUCAAACACGAGAAUGUACAGCCAACAUCCGCCAAGCAUCUGGAAUAUGCCUUCCAAGCUCUUCGCAUUGCUGCUUAUCCAAACAUCGACGUUAGUGAGGAGCAUUCGGGAAGCAAAAAUGAGGAAAUUCACUUGAGAGUGGAAUUCGAACCUAGACAAUUGCGCCAAUUCAACGCAACUGUUAUCGCUAACAACCAGCAAACCAAAUUCAACGACGUUCCCCUAAGUCAACUAUGCAGAACCGCGUUGGUUCCUCAUGCGAUGUUCAACUUCAACGAGCGCUUGCAAGGACAGCUUCUUACCCAGGAUAACAUGAAACCUACUUGCAUAAUCGACGAAGCUGCAGCCCAAACCUUCAGCAAUAGAAGUUAUCCUUUGUCGCUUGGAACCGGAUGGACUGUGAUGAUGCAAUACGUCCCCCAACAUGCUCGUUCAGGGCGCCAGGCAAGCCAGAAAUUGAGAGAGCAAGAAAUUAACUACAUCGUGCUUGUUAGAGAAGUAACUCAGCAACAGAAGGAAGUAAAAAUCACGUUGAACCAUCCGAAAACCGAAGAGAAAACCGUCGAAAUUGACUUGCAAUACUUGCAAAAUGUCGUUGCUACAGUCGACGGGCAGACAGUUCAAUUCAACGACAAUAAAGCAGCCGAUUUCUUCAACGGAUAUCUUGAAAUCUACGCUUUGCCCAAUGGAGAAGUCAAAGUGGAAGUCCAAGACUGGUUCUCCAUUGAAUUAAUGAAUGCCGACGAUUGA